UGACACGUGUGUCCUUGAUUCAUCAUUGAGAUAACAAUUUCUUACGGUCUAGUAACGCUAGUACUCAUGAUACUGAUAACGUCAUAGCUUGGGAUAUUCGAAAGUUAUUGACAACUAUUUGUCUGGAUAACUUCGAUCUUUUUAUUUACAUCAAUAGAUAUCAAGUCCUAUCAUAGCUAAUUACUACGGCGUAUUGUCAUGUCAUUGGAUUCGACUAUCGUCAAUGCCAUUAGUAAAGUUCUUGAAAGUUUUAAAGAGAAAUACGUAUAGUGGGUAUAUGUGUAGUAGUAUAUCCUCGGGGUACACUUCAAGGUUUCAAGUCCGUCAAUUGCGUAUAAAUUGAGUUCAGUUACGCUUCGCCGGUUCGAGAUAUCACAUCUUUAAGUUAUCCGUCCGCAUUGUGGAUUGUAAUAACAUUUUGUACGGUUCACAAGAAGGUGAUUUUUAAAAAUUCAAGAUGGGUUUAGAAGAUUAUAAAGAAAUUGUUGAAACAAGUGCGGCUGUCAUGACGAUGGCUCAAAUGUUUGCCGGAGUGUUUAUAUGUAAAGAUAUAUAUUUAAAAGGAACGGCCAAGGGCUUCGAUCCAAUGCCCUUUAUUGGAGGUACAGGAAUGGGUGUCUUGAUGCUCCAGUAUGCGCUGAUUUUAAAAGAUUCAACGAUGAUAAAUGUCAAUGUAUUUGGUAUUGUGCUGAAUGUGAUGUACUAUCUUUUUUACUACACCUAUACACCCAAUAAGACUGAAACUCUAGCUUUAACAGGUAAGGUAGUCGCCUUAGUUGCAGUUAUCCUAGGGUAUGCUCAGGUUGAAAAUCCUGAAAACAUUGAGUAUCGAUUUGGAAUUAUCGUUACUGCUCUGAUGUUCACUCUUAUUGCAGCACCGCUAUUCAAUCUUGGUGAAAUUAUAAAGACUAAGAGCUCAGCAAGUUUACCUUUCCCAUUGAUCUUCAUGGCAACUAUAGUUACCUUCCUGUGGCUUUUGUAUGGUUUGAUUAUCGACAAUGGUUUCAUCAUAUUUCAGAAUGCAGUUGGUUUCACACUGUCAGCAACACAACUAUCUCUAUUUGUGAUAUACCCCUCCAAAUCUCCAGUGGAAUUGGAACCAGAAACAGAAAAGAAACAAAAUUGAUGAUACUCCUAGGAUAUCAAGUACCGAGCGCAAGUUUACUUACAUUUACUGACAUUGAAGAACUGAAAGGCUCAUUGUGGAAACCCUAAGUAAGAUACUAUCAUGCAACCCAAGUUGACGAGCAUUGAAAUUCUACAGAUUGAAUAUCUUUUGUAAAAUAUUCGCAUUUCUAUUUAGAAGAACUUUUUGCCAGAUUUUAUUAGAUAAUAUGAUGUUACAAUACAAAGAGACAAUAAUAAAAAUAUUUUCUAGACAA